AUGUUAAGUUGUGUAAUCCUAAUGAUCUCCUCGCGAUACCAUACACUAGCAGGAGUCGGCAGCUCUUCUCGAGCCUUCUUCAUCCAUCAGCGCCUGUGGCAACAUUGUCAACAUUUACUUCUACGCUUGAGUCUUGGUCAGGAGAAGAUAUCAAAAGCCAAGACACGGAAUAUUGGGAGCAUUGAGGCAUUGAUAUUGCUUUCCGAGUGGCACCCGCGAGCACUGCAAUACCCCCCGGAGGCGGAUGGUUGGGAUUCCGAUUUCCUCAUGUCACAUCUCGAUGCCCGAGACCCACCUUUGCCGACUGAGGAGACACCUGUGUCCGACAGAUGGAGAGAGGAUGUCGUGGAGCCGACAAAGCGGUUUGAGCGCAUGUCUUGGAUGGUUCUCAGCUCCGCUUUAGCUCUCGCUCACGAACUAGGCGCGUUUGGCCCCACCAAACGACUACCGAAACCAGACGAUCUUGUUCGGAUAGACGCAGCAAUAUAUUUGGAACAUCUUGAGCUGCGCCGCCAACGUCUCCCAAGCUUGUUGUUCGUCUACAUUAAUGUCUUGUCCACUCGCAUCGGGUGCACAUCGCCCAUUUCACCCGAGGUAGAGGUCUCGCCUCCUGACUCGACAAUACUAGGUCCAAUUGAUCACAUAUGGUUAUCCUUCAUGAAUUCGUGGAUUAAACUCACGAGAUUGACUUGUUCAACUAUGGCUGAGCUCUCUCCUCUGGUGAAUACGACGUCGGGGACCAGAUCACCGGGGAGUUUUGUUUCUAUUCUCGAAGGAAAACAAAUGCUACUUUCUGAUUGGCAUCGCCAGAAUCUCAGUACUAAUUUCAUGGAGUCCCCUUUUAUGGAAAUUCUUUUCAUAGAAUAUCAGCACCUCCGUAUACUGAUCAACUCGGUUGGCAUGCAGAAAAUUGUGCAAAAGGUUCUAGAGCAAAACAGUUUGCAAAGCGGGUCUACAAUUGAUUACCCCUUCAUCGAAAAGGCACGGCAGACAAACAUGACUGUCCGAGAGUAUGGCUUCAUUGAAGAGGUGAUCGAUGGCUGCUGUCAGACUCUGGGAAAGGUGGCCGCGCUGGGAACAGCGGGCUCCCUACAUUACUCACCCAUGAGACUCCUGUUUCGCACAAUUAGCUCUUCUAUAUUCUUGAUGAAAGCUCUGGCAUUGGGGGUUCGCAACAGCAAGCUGCAAGAAGCUUUGCAGAUACUCGACCGGGCUAUUUGCGCUCUCCAGGACGAUAACCAAGACGAUGUCCAUUUGAAGGCCCAAUACGCUAUCUUGCUGAAGAUACAGGCCUCAAAGCUCCGGAGAAGCCUUGUUUCCUCACAUCAAACGGGCUCUCUCCAGAAAACACAGUCGAGUGAUCCUGGAAGGGCUUUGCAGCUGCCCGAAACAGCGCCACCACACGCGCAGCCUAUUCAUCAACAAGGCACGGAGAACGAAAUAAGCUUAGAUAACUUCUCUAAUUUUGAUUUCAACGACUGGCUAUCAUUACCUUUUGAUCCGUCUAUGGCACCUUUUGGCCCAUAUGAGGGAGACUUUGGGGUUCGUAUGGAUGGUGUUGAUUUGGAUCUUGACUUCCUAUGGCAAUUACCUGCAUGA